AUGUCUUACUAUGACCUGUGCUCCUCUGCUCUUGGUGGCAUCAACCGCCCUCAGCCCCUUGCUGACAGUGGGAAUGAACCGUGUGUCCGUCAGUGCCCUGACUCCACAGCUGUGAUCCAGCCGCCCCCGGUCAUCGUCACCUUCCCUGGCCCCAUCCUCAGCUCCUUCCCCCAGGAUUCAGUUGUGGGAUCCUCUGGAGCACCUGUCCUUGGGGGCUAUGGGGGCUCCCUUGGCUAUGGGGGUCUGUAUGGCUACGGGGGUCCCCCAAAAAUCGGUGGCUCCGUGGGCUGUGGGGGUCUGUACGGCUAUGGGGGUUCCUCCCUGGGUUGUGGGGGUCUGUACGGCUACGGGAGCUCCCUGGGUUACAGGGGCCUAUAUGGCUAUGGUAGAUCCUAUGGUUCUGGCUCUUGCAGCCCUUACUCGUAUCGGUACAACAGGUACAGCCGUGGCAUCUGUGGACCCUGCUAA